CUGAGCCCCUAUUUUUGUUCCCUAUUUACAGAGCCAGGACUGACUACGAACACCAGAAAUGUUUAUGUGCAAACACCGAAUGGACAGCUAGAGGUCCAUGAGGAGCAGUUCACUGAAUCUGAUAAAAAAAGUGUAUGUGAUUAGAAUUGCAGACCACACCUUUAAUACACUGUCUUGUUGCCUGAUUGUAAAUUCAGGUGGCUGUAUUGUAAAUAAAUGCAGUGUUUAUAGGCUACUACUGUGUGCCUUUAAAUAUUACUACAGGACUCAGCUAACACAAUGCAUUUGCAAUCCUGCUGCUAACACUAUGGGACCUGUCCAAAGACCACAGGGCUAUGAUAUUUUUUUUUUUCAUCUUGCAAAUGCAAAAAAUGUACGUUAUCAGAAACACAGGUACGUUGUGGGGUAUUAUCUCCUCCUGGUGGACAGUCAGCUAUUUUCGAUCUUUGUUGAGCGUGUGUUGUGUUUUUGAGGUUACUAUGGCAACUUCGAUAUUUGUAAACAUGGAGACGUCCUUUGCUAGCUGAAAGACGGAUGUUAUGGGUCAUAAUUAGCUAAUGUUAGAUAAUUCCGUCUUUCUUGUAAAAUAGGAAGGCACUAAGUGCCCGUGGAUAACAGACCAUGGCUCAUGCUCAAGCAGAAAGUGUUAUAAGACGUAUUAUUCGAGAAAUUGCGCAGGAAUGUGCAAGUAUAGGACAGGCAGUGUCUGAAACCUUGGUUGCUUUUAUGGUCAAGGCCACUGUUUUAGAUCCACUGAAUAAUUUCAAUGUUGAUCGUAAUCUAACCAAGCAAGAUGUUCAAAGACUUAUUGAGCUAUGCGUAGUCAAGCUCAUGGACCAGGGAAGUUCUUCUCUUGACACCAUCAAAAUGCAAGUCUACUUUGACAUGAAUUACACAUCUCGCCGUGAGUUCCUGGAGGAGCACCACAGAGUCCUUCUGUCACGACUCGCCUCUGUUGGCCGCGAGAUCACUGACAAUCGGUUAAGGACUCGGGACGACCUGGAAGACCUUUACCGGAGAAUAGUUAGCUAUGUUCUUCUGCGCUCUGGCCUAGGCUCACCAACUGACAUCAACACAGUGCGGGAGGCUACGGCUGCAUUGCAGAGUGUCUUCCCACAGUCGGAGCUGGCGACCUUCAUGUCCCUCACUAAGGCAGACAAGGAGCAGCAACUAAGCGAGCUCACCAUGAUAGUUACAGGCAUCCGCCUCUUCAACAAGGACUGUAGGAAAGGAGGCGAGGGCAUUGAGGACAUGCCUUCCAUUUUAAACGAAGCCAUACCUGCCACCAUCAACGACAUUGAGAGGGAGCUAAAGGAAUCCCAGCGCUUGGCCUGGCAGUACACAGCCCUGCUGGAGAAGUUCGCUGACCCUAAGGAUGGGCCAGUGCAGUCCCCCAUCAAAACAGAUCUGCUGCAACAGGCCCUGUACAAUGUGCGGCAACAUGAGGCUUUCCUCAAAGUCAUCCUGGCUGAUGCCAUAUUGUGUGCCAAACAAGUGGAGGCCCUGCAGUCUGACCUCGUGGCCCGGCUCAUGCUCCUGGAAGCCACAGUGCACGCAAAGACUGCUGUGCCCACUGCACAGGUUUUUCCUCAUUUCACAGGCCUGUCGAAGCUCUGGGCCGGAUUUCAGGACGAGAUGGUCCUGCUCAGCAUCCUCAACAACAUGGUAGUCAGCCUGAGGCCCUUCCUGACCGCCCAGUCCCACCUGUUGCUGGAGGGUCAACUGGAGGCCAUUCUGGACGGUGCGGACAUCAAGAGCGACGAUGACAGACUGAAGGAGAGUGCAGAAGAAAGGAUCAACCCGUCCGAGUACAAAUCACAGGACUGGUUCCAACACGAGACCACAGCCAACUUUGACCAACUACCCUUGCAGUACAAAGGAAUCUGUGGUUACACACUCGUGAAGAAAGAUGGACUGCUAGUUCCAGGGAAUCCCCAGAUUGGGGUGUUAAAACACAAGGAGAAAUACUAUGCCUUCUCCUCCAAGGAGGCAGCGUGUAGCUUUGCACUCAAACCAGAUGAGUACAUUGAGGCCAUCACAGAAAAAGCCAAAAAGUGUCCAGAGCUAAUCCAUCUCCUGGAGCUGCAUCAGCAGUUUGCAUGUGUCACCCCAUAUUCACAGAUGCAGUCAGGCGAGAGACUACUGGUGAAACCCAUUUCGAAAUGUGACAGCAGCACUCAGACUGACACCCACUUGGUGGAGACAAACAUCGUCAAGUCCUACGAGUGGAAUGAGUGGAGGCUCCGAUGGAAAGCCAUGCAGCUGGCUAACCUACGCAGCAAAGUGACUCACUCAGUGCAGACCAACCUGAGCCACAUGAGGAGGAACAAUGUGACUCAGACAUACCAGCCCAAAGAUGCUGGCUGCCAGACCAAAAAAGAUGGCGAAACCAAUGUCCCUAAACAAAAGGUCUAUCUGGCAGGGCUACGAGGUGGAAAGCCAGGACCUACAAUCAUGACCAAAACAGAUUUGACCAGAUCAGUUGAUGAGUAGCUAUGUUCUAAAUAGGUGUUUUAUCGUUCUCAGUUUUACUUAUGCAAGAAACAGGAUUAAUAAAUAUAAUCGUUCAAAAUGGAAA